AUGACAGUAAGUAGAACUCCGAAGAUAUUACGAACUGUGGCACAAGUUCGACAAUGGAGACAAGCACUACUUCAAAAUAAUAAUCAAACCGUUGGAUUUAUUCCAACUAUGGGAGCUUUACAUUCUGGUCAUUUAUCAUUAAUUCAAUCAUCAUUAAAUGAAAAUGAUAAAACUAUAAUUUCAAUAUUUGUUAAUCCUUCACAAUUUGCACCUCAUGAAGAUCUUGAUAAUUAUCCACGUACUUUAGAUUCAGAUAUAAAAUUAAUUAAUGAUACUUUUAAAAUUAAAUCAGUUGAUGCUGUAUUUGUACCUAAAAUAAGUGAAAUGUAUCCAUCUGGUAUUACUCUUGAUAUAAAUAAACAAAGAGGAGCUUUUAUUAAUGUAUUAGGAUGUUCUGAACAAUUAGAAGGUAUAACAAGACCAAAUUUUUUCAGAGGUGUUGCUACUGUUGUUACUAAAUUAAUUAAUAUUGUUCAACCUACAAAUAUUUAUUUUGGUCAAAAAGAUGCUCAACAAUGUAUAGUUAUUAAAAAUUUAGUUAAAGAUUUAUUAAUUCCUACUAAUGUUAAGAUUUUACCUACUUUAAGAGAGGAAAAUGGUUUGGCUAUGUCUUCAAGAAAUCAAUAUUUAUCUAAAGAUAUGAAACAAAGAAGUUCUUUAAUUUAUAAAGGAUUAUCUCAAGGUGAGAAGUACUAUGAAUUGAAUAAAAAUCAAGGUAAAGUCAAAUCAAGUGAUAUUUUGAAAGAAAUUAAAUCAAUUAUUGAAUCAGAUAAAGAUUUCGAUAUUGAAUAUAUUUCAAUAAAUCAUCCGGAAACUUUAGAUGAACUUGAAUUUGUUGAACCCGGAAUUGGUGCUCUUGUAUCAACUGCUGUUAAAGUUCCAAAAGAAAAUAGUAAUGAAAUGGCAAGAUUAAUUGAUAAUAUAAUAUUACAUUAG